GGCAUGUAAAUCGCCGUUGAAAACGCCUAUUUCCCUACCAUUUUCCCUCCUUCAUUUUCAUGGCUUUUGGCCUUUGCCUUGGCCUCCUUCUCCUCCUCUUUGUCUCUCUAUCUCUUUGUCUCCCUUUUGUAAAAUAAAACCAAAAAAAAAAAACCCAGGAAAAUAACAAAAAUUAAUAAAAUAAUAAAAUAAACCCCCGAAAAUUUGAAUGUAUUGAGAGAUAGGGAGGAGGAGCAAUAACUUCUUUAGAACAUUUUUUUUGGGGGGCAGUAAAAAUGGAUCUAAGGAGAUUGGCAUUGGCGGUGGUGACAAUGGUGGCGGCAUUGGUGGGGGAAUUUGGUUGUAGUGCUUAUGGGAAUGUUGUCACUUUUGAUGUAAAACAUAAAUUUGCAGGUAAACGAAAUAAUUUAAGGGCUAUGAAAGCUCAUGAUAUGCGUCGCCACGGCAGAUUUCUCUCUACUGUUGACGUUGAUGUGCCUAUAGGUGGUGAUGGUCACCCUUCUGGUGCUGGGCUUUAUUUUGCAAAACUUAAAAUCGGUAACCCAUUAGAAGAAUUCCAUGUACAAGUUGAUACAGGAAGUGACAUUCUAUGGGUUAAUUGUGUUGGUUGUGACAAAUGUCCAGAAAAAAGUGAUCUUGGUAUACCAUUAAAACAAUAUGACCACAAGAAAUCAUCCACUUCAAGUUUGGUUUAUUGUAACAAUGAAUUUUGUGCUACUGCACAUGACGGUAAACUCAAAGAUUGUAAGCCUGAUCUUCAAUGUGAAUACUAUGUUACUUAUGGUGAUGGGACCUCAAAUGGUGGAUACUUUGUAAAAGAUAUCAUAGAGCUUCAGCAAGUGACUGGUAACCUUCAAACUUCACCCACAAACGGGAGUAUAGUAUUCGGGUGCGGGUCUAAACGAGCUGGUGACUCAAAUACAUCAAGUGAAUCAGUUGAUGGAAUCCUUGGAUUUGGACAAGCAAAUUCAUCCAUGAUUUCACAACUAGCUCAAAAUGGAGCAGUGAAAAAUAAAUUCGCACAUUGUUUGGAUACUGUGGACGGAGGUGGAAUCUUUGCAAUUGGUGAAGUGGUAGGACCUCAAAUGAAUAAAACUAAAAUGAUUGCACGACAGCCACAUUACAAAAUUACACUAAAGGAAGUACAUAUUGGAGAUACCAUAGUUAAGCUUGAAACAAGCUUUUUUGGUGGUAUUGAUGAAAAUGCAGCAAUCAUUGAUAGUGGCACAACCUUAGCCUAUCUUCCAACCGCAAUUCACGAACAAAUUAUUCAAAAGAUUACCUCCGGAAAGUCAUUGGAAAUGGAAAAAAUAGAGGACCAUUUUUCCUGUUUUAAGUAUGACAAAAAUGUUGAUGAUGAAUUUCCUGUGAUAAAGCUCCUUUUUAAAGAUUCUCUUGUUCUAACAGUUUAUCCACAUGAUUAUCUAUUCAGAUUUCGUGAUGAUAUGCGGUGUAUCGGUUGGCAAGAUGGUGGGCCUAAAUCUCCUGAUGACGAUGAGAUGAUUCUUUUAGGAGAUUUGGUGCUUUCUAAUAAGUUGGUCAUAUAUGAUAUUGAAAACCAGACCAUUGGAUGGACUGAAUAUAACUGCACUUCAAGUGUUAAAGUGAAGAAUGGAAACACAGAGUAUAGUGUUGGAUACCAUUCUCUUAGUUCAGCAUCAAGUUUUACCAUUGGAGGAAUUCUAGCAUUUUUGUUCAUACUUUAUUCCUUCACUUCCCUUUUCUAUAUAACUUAGAUUAAUUAUACAAAACAUUAUUCUGUUCCAAUUUCUGUAUUAUUAUAAAUAUCAA